UAUGGUUUAAAAUUAAUGUAUAGAGCGGCUAAACACAAUGAAUUGCAUUCUGAAGCUGAACUAGAGAGAGGUAGAGGAAUGAGACCAAAAUUAAAAAAACGUAAUUUGUUUGAAGACUUGGACCAUGACUUUUCAACUAAUAAUGAGAUUAUAAUUCAAAAUGAUUCAGCUGAAGAUAAUGUUAGGAUUCCUUACCCUAAAUGCCCAAAAAAACUGAAAGUCAACAGUACACCACAACCAACUUGUUCAGACGCAUCAGAAUCAAAUAUUUUGUACAGUACCCCUAAGACAAGUGGCAUUAGUAAGUAUUUUUAUUUACUUCUAUCAUCUGCAUUCAAGUUAGAAUUUUUAUUUUAUUUAUUUUAAUUAUAGGUAUGUAAUGGUGUUAUUAUAUCAGAUUAAUAAUUAUAAAAUUGAGUUUUUGAAACAUAUAAUUGUACAGAUGCUUA